AUGGAUUAAGUUUUUAAUCAUUUAAUAAAAAGAGCAACUCCUUAACCCAUUGUUAAAGUUGGAACACCUUGGCAAUGCAUUCCUAUUAAAAAUGAUAAACAAGCAAGAGAUACAACAGAAGUUCAUAUGGCUAAUCAAGGAUUUAAUGAAUUGGCACAAUUUGAUAAGUUCAUGAAUCUGGAAGUGGUUUGGCUUAAUGAAAACUAAGUACAGAAUCUCCCUUAUUUAUUUGUAGUUGACCAGCAUAAAAGGCGUUGAGUAAAAUUUCAGAAUUAAACAUCUAUAUUUGCAAAAGAACAAAAUUAGUACUCUUGAGGGACUAUAAAAUUUGAAGCAUUUAGAAACAUUGAGUUUGUUCAACAAUGAAUUAAGAGACUUGGAGAAAAAUCUGUUGAUUUUAAAAGAGUUUCCUGGGCUUACAACUUUGGGUUUUUUAAUUUUGUUAUAUUGUCUUAGAUCUAUUUAACAAUCCAGUGGCAGAGGAGCCCUAUUAUCGAAACAGAGUGAUUUCAGCUCUCCCUCAAUUACAAUUACUGGAUCGAUCAAUAAUAACUGUCCAAGAAAAAAUCAAGGUUGAAGCAUGGUACAAGGAUUUCAAAGCAGAAGUUAAAAUUAAAAAGAAAGGGCAGAAGAAGCAAAAAUUACUUCCAUCUUAAAUCUUCUCUGCUGGGGAGAAAUUACUCUAUAAGGAAGUCGAUGAUAUCAAAGCGAAGAGAGAAUAAGAAAAGGCCGAUGAGAUACAAAGGGAGAGAACUCGAAUUAAACAGAAGGAGAAAACCUUUGAUCCUAACAAAUUUCCUACGAAUGAAUUGAAAGAGUAAUUAAGACAGCGACUUCAUGACAAUCCUAUGAGUUUAGUAAAUGAGUGGGAGAAGGGGAAGCUUAAGAAGAUAUUUAAAUCAUAUGAUAAAGGUAAUAAAAAUGAAAUUUAAACUAGAAAAGAAGGGAUCAAUCACUUAAGAUAAAUUGUAAGGAUUGUAUGGAGAUUUAAUGAAUGACAUAGCAAAUAUUGGUAAGGUUCCUGCUGUGUCUUUUGAAAAAUUUAAAGAAAUUAUGUUAGAGGAUCCAUUACCUUGGGACUCCUUUUGCUUUCAGUUGAACCAUGUAGAUUUUGAAAGGGCACCUGAAGAUCUACUACAAAAGAAAAUAGACGAGAAAUACAAGGAAUUCAAUCGAAGAUUAAAUGCAGGAAAGAAAGCUGAGGCAAAAGAAUUCAUGAUUGAAGCAGUGAGACUUGAAGCAGCUAGAGAUAAAGAUGAGCAUAAGUACAUUAAGAUAAUAAAUAUAAAGAUUACCUGAGAUUAUACCUGAUGACAAUACGAAAAUAAGGAGUGAUUGCUUUGAUUUUUCAAGAUAUAAGUACAAGUAGAAUUUUACAGAUACUGCAAAAUAUCUAUUACAAUGA